GUUCUUUUCUAACACUUUCAGUGAGAAGCUGUUUGAAGAAUCUUGAGAGUGUUUCUGCAAUGGAUAACCCUGAUGUGGAGGAACAUUAUGGAGUAUCAGAUUCCUUCCCUGACCCGUGCUGUGAGGACGGAAAGAACACUCCAGCAGCACCAGAGUCCGAACAGCCCAGCACUCCUGUGCAGAACAAAGUCGAUCAGGUCAGCGGGGAGUCAGAGUCUCUGCAUUCGGACACACCUGCUGGUGAAGUGGAGAGUAAAAAUGCAACACGUUGCAGUGAGGUUGAAACUGUGCAAGAGAAAGUGGAUGGAACAUCUAGCAAGCCAACUGUACCAUCUGCCCCCAAGGAGAAGCAGCUAGAGAAGUUUUUGGAGGAACUGGGGCUGGAUCACCACGUUGAAGAGAAGUUAUCCCUAAGCACACUUCUUAGGAUUGACAAGAAGACCAUUACUGAUGAACCUGCCAAGUGUAAUUCAGAUCUUCCAUGGUAUUUUCUGAAGAAACUAAUGAUGGUUAAUGUGACAGCUAGGAAUGUGAAAUGUACAUCUGCACAUGAGUCAAACUGUGAGGAUCACACAGAUGACCUUGAUGAUUUAGAUGAAAGUACACAUUCAGGUGACACACUGAAUCCCCUUGACAUUAUCACUGCUCUCUUCCUGUGCUCUGAUGGUUUUGUACAGCAGGAAAUGGCCCUCAAAAUGUCCAUGUGUCAGUUUUCCGUGCCUCUGUUGCUUCCCAACUGUGACACAAAGCAGUGCACACUCAUGCUUUGGGCCAUGAGAGACAUUGUUAAAAAGUACAGACCUCAGUCACUUUCAGAGUCCAGGGGAUUCAUUGAAGAGAGAAUUGUUGUCUCUGAACUUCCAAUGAUAUCUUUUGUGAGACUGGGUGAGUGCUCCUUGUCCAAGUCAGAGAUCCUCAAUAAGCUUCUGAGCAGUUCUCAGCAGUACCAUGACACAUUUGUUCACCGCAACAUGGAGUGUGGUGACAGUCCAAGGAGAAUAUCCAAUGGAUUGGUUGAAAUGACUUGGUACCUCCCUUGUGGGAACGAAAACAUGGAUGUCUUCAGCGAGCCAGUUGCUGUAGCUAACCUUCGUGGGGACAUUGCUUCAUUUCAAACACAAUUUGAUUUCUUGUGUCAGACAUCUGCAGCAGUUUUUGUGUUCUUUGAAGCUUUGAACUCUGAGUGUGAGCUGCUAACCAACCAAAACCACAAGGCCCAGAUCUUCUUGGUGGGUAACCGUCAAAGCAAAGAUUUCAAAUUAGAUGCUGUAAAAAAGGUAGCAACCAAGUUAAGCUUAAAAAAGAGCAACAUCCUUUUGAAAACCAAACACAUAAAUGAUGCAAACUUUGUCAAAGAUUUGCAGGAAAAAGUCAGCAAUGCAUUUGAAAACACAAAGGUGAAGAGGGGAAUUGAGAAGAUGGCUGACGUUGCCCAUGAACAUGGAAUCUGUGUUGAUGAAGACUCUCCAGAGUGCCAGACUGCCAAGAAAAAUGCAGAUGCCAUCACUGCAGAAAUUCAAGACAUUCUUAAAUACAAAGAAGCAAAUAUGGAAGGACCUUACUCGCUUGGAGAAAGAAGAAUUGCGACUUAA